CUGCACUUUUCCAUCAGCUGGUCGAAUUCAGUAAAGUCGAAGUUUGAUUCUGAGUGGCGUCGCUUCUCGGUACCAUUUCCAGAUGGCAAAUCACCGUCAUACGAUGAGUUUCGUUCAUUAGUGGAAGGAUUGCAUUCACUGCACAAUAUUCCAUUCACCCUUUGCUAUACGAGUGCUGCUGGUGAUUUGCUACCGAUAACAAAUGAUGAGAAUUUCCGCAAAUCAUUCGAAUCAGCACGUCCAACACUGCGACUUCUUAUCCAGCGAAAAGGUGAAUCUUGGGAGGAAAAGUACGGCUAUGGUACGGACACAAUUGAUCGUCGUCGUAAGGGACUGUCGAUGCUCAUUUUGCCAGCUGUAGCAAGGCCACCGAAACGAACCUACAACAUCUCGAAUCCGGAAGAUUUCCGACAGGUAUCAGCUAUCAUCGAUGUGGACAUAGUACCUGAAGCACAUCGACGGGUCCGUUUAUGCAAGCAUGGUAGUGAUCGUCCGCUUGGCUUCUACAUUAGAGACGGCACGUCUGUGCGUGUAACACAACAGGGUGUGGUGAAGGUGCAAGGUAUCUUUAUAAGUCGUCUGGUUGAAGGCGGUUUGGCUGAAUCAACUGGGUUAUUGGCUGUGAAUGAUGAAGUUCUGGAAGUGAACGGCAUUGAGGUUCAAGGUAAAAGUCUUGAUCAAGUAACCGACAUGAUGGUUGCGAAUGCUCAAAACCUUAUAAUAACAGUGAAACCAGCGAAUCAGCGGAACACGCUGCAACGAGGCGCACAUACUCGUACUUCGGAUUGGAGUGCGACUUCUGAAGAGAGAGCCACAAUGAAGGGUGCUCACGAAGGAACGUCCAAACCAGCAGCUGCAUAUAAUGGUUCUGAUGCGAGUGAUCAAGAUUCCGAUGAGGAUGUGAUACUGGACCACACACAACCAGAUGUCAACAACACAUCAUCGAGCAACAAUCCGAAUGCACCCCCGCUUUACCAGCAUAGGUAUCAAAGAAACAGAUGA